CAAAAAACAUAUUUCUUAAAAUGAUCGCGGAAAUGUUAAAGAUAUCCAUCGUUUGGUUACUGGUACCAUACAUUCAAUGCUUCUUAGGUUUCGGGGUGAAACAAAUAACUCCACCAAUCACCAAACUAGGAGAGUCGCUAUUUUGGGACAUCGACAAGCAAGCCAUAUACCUCGUAGAUGUACUAGGAAGUACCGUAUACCAACACAUCCACGGAUCCAACGAAGUCACCUACACCAAAAUUGUAUCGAAAACGAUAGGUGCAGCGAUACCCAUUGAAGGCAAAGCUGGUGAGUUUAUAGUGGCUGCUUAUCAGGACUUACUGAGGCUCGAAUGGGACGGUACCAACAAUACUGGAAAGGCGACCAAACUAAAGAGAAACUUUGAAUUUUCAAGAGAGGAGCAAUUCUAUGAAGCGAAAGUUGACGCCAAGGGUAGAAUGUGGAUUGGAACGUACCAGGUGAUCGACAGGGAGAAAUACCAAUGGGUCGAAGGUGGGGGUUCUCUGUACAUGAUCACCGUAAACAAAGACGAUUCGGUGAAAAUUGAAAGGAAAUUGGCCAAUUUGACGUUUCCCAGUGGUCUAGGUUGGACCUUUGAUAAUCGCAUCAUGUUCCACAUAGAUGCCAAGCAGGGGAAGAUUAGGAAGUACAAGUUCGAUCUUGACAGUGGAAAUUUGGGAGAAGGCAAAGUAUUCUUCAGUCAAGCGGACCAUCCACACAUUACAGGUGGUAUGGACGGCAUAGCCAUGAAGGAACAUCACAUCACAGUGCUUUUAUACAACGGCACCGGUAUUAUCGAUAUCGACCAAGAGACCGCCGAAAUAGUCUACAUCGUAUCCAAUCCGGUACCGUUGCCUACUUCUAUAGUAUUUGGUGGACCUAACAACAAAACUGCUUAUUUUGCAUCAUCGGAUUAUAGACUCACUGAGCAAGAGAAACGACUGAACCCUUAUGACUCAAAGGCAGUUUUUGUUUACUCGGGGGGCCAUUUUCCCAAUUUACAGGCGUAUAAGAUUAGAGAUCAUAUUCUAGUACCUUCGGUCGAUUUCAGCCGUUUGGGUACCCUAAUUCGGCAGAUCACAGAACCGGUUCAAUAUGCAACCGUAAUUUACUGGGACCAUAGUGCACAAGCGCAGUACUACGUGGAUAUAGCAAAAGGAACUGUGUACCGCCACAAAUAUAUGGCCAACGCAUCAACUCACACCAAAGUGUCCGAGGGUACCGUGGGUGCCAUCAUUCCUAUAAAAGGUAAAAAGGACGAGUUCAUAGUUGGGGCGGAACACGAUAUCGUACAUCUCACAUGGAACGGUGAAAAUGGUUCCGGAAACUUGACCAAGUUGCGAAAAGAUGGCGUCUUCGGUGAGAACGAAGUACUCAAUGAGGGCGCGACCGAUGCCAAAGGCAGAUUAUGGAUAAAUACGUACCAAGCAAUCGACUUGUCAAAGAUGAGUUUCAAGCAAGGCGGUGGGUCUCUUUACAUGGUAACCGUGAACAAGGACAAAUCUAUUACCAUCGAAAAGAAGUUAGGUGACCUCACAUUUCCCAAUGGUAUAGCAUGGUCCAAAGAUAACGAAUACAUGUACAUAGUGGACUCUACACCGCGAACGAUAUCCAAAAUCCAGUUCGAUCUUCAAAAAGGACAACUGGGUAAAAGUAGUGUACUUUUUAAAGUCGAGGACUACCCUAAACUUCAGGGCUAUCCAGACGGCCUAACAAUAAACAAAGAUGGCAGCUUAUCCGUGGCUCUAAAUGGAGGAUACUCCAUUCUAAAGGUCAACGGCGAAUCCGGUAAAUUGGAGAAGCAACUUCUGUUGCCCGUUCCCAACCCCACAGCAGUGACGUGGUGCGGCCAAAGUUAUGACCAGCUGUGCAUCGCGACUGAACAGUCUGACACGCCUACUUCAGAGGCUCCUUCGGUGUUCGAUUCAGGGGCGAUCUAUGUUGUCAGAAAAUUGUCUACGUCUGGGGAACAGGCGCACAAGAUCGAGCUUAAAUAAUAGCCUAAAUAAAAUAACCCUAUCUAUGAAA